CAGUCAGCCACUCACUCUCUCUCUCUCUCUCUCUCUCUCUCACACACACGCACACACACACACAUGCACGCGCCUUUCUCGGUUUGAUUUCUCCGGCUCACUCUCCAGACGGCUCAGAUCUGAGCGGAAGGCCAGACAAGCUGUCAGUACAGCUCUCUCUCUCACACACACACACACAUACACACACGUGCGCGCGCUCCGGACAAGCUGUACAGCUCUCUCUCUCUCUCUCUCUCCCUCUCUCUCUCACACACAGACACACACACUCCAGACAAGCGUCAGUGCAGUGCAGACAAGCCUCAGUCACUCCAGCUCCGGCUUCAGGACAGGGGGGUUGGGACGGCCUCCGCGCGCUCGUGUACACUCACCCGAUUCCAGGGGCCCGCGUGCGCCUCAGAGAGGAGACCCUGGGGGGAAGGGGGACUGGCCCGUAGCUCCUGGGACGAGGACCGGAGAAGAGCGUCAUUCUUCUGCUCCGCGGUGGAUGAUCCACCAGGUCACAGGGAUGGCUCUGUCCUGGUGCCACUGCCUGGCCACUGCCCUCCUCUGUGGCCCGGUCUGGGCUCUGGCCCCUGAAAACGAGGUGCCCCUCAGGGCCACUUCCUGGUUACCUGACUCCCAGGUAACUUCCAUCCAUCUUCCCAAGGACCGGACCCGGAGGCUGUACUUCACCCUGAAGAAGAAGACCCCCAUGAUGUCUGUCACUGUGAGCCCCUGUGACGUACCCAUCGAGUGGACCCUGAGCGCUAGGACACUGAAGGACAAGCCCCUGAAGAACCUGCACUGGAGCUCAAAGAAGAGCAUGCCGGAGGUGUGGUGGAGGGGGCCCGGGAUGGAGGCGAAGAUGCACAGCUACACGGGCAACGCGGUGGAAACGUUCAGAGGCGCGGCCUACGCCCCGGCGUCCAUCUACAUCCUCAGGCUCAGAUCCCGGGGGCAGGACACCAGGGCGUCCGUGUACCUGCAGGAAGGGGCCGGGCCCCCGGGGGCCUUCCCGGAGCUGCCCCCCGACCCCCGCGUCCACACGGUGGGGGUGGGCAUGACCAGCGUCACCCUCAGCUGGUCGCCUAGCAACUCGGUCCUGAGGCUCCCGCCGGGCGGAAGCGGCUACCGGUACUGCGUGCUCGUCAACCGCAAGCACAACUACAGGAGCCUGUGCGCCGCGGAGGAGGCCGCCAAGGACAGGAAGAAGAGGGGGAAGAAGGUCACGGCGUGGCCCAUCCUCAAGGAGUGGUGGUGGCAGCAGUGGGACUCCUUCGAGGAAGGGGAGGAGGGCGCCCCCCUGCCGGACCCCCCCUCGGGGCUGCAGUGCGCGUGCGAAGGCGCGGAGAGCGUGUGCACGGUGUCCGAGCUCACCCCGGACACGCAGUUCUACUUCGACGUGUUCGCGAUGGACACGCGCAACGGCACCAGCUCGGCGUACACGGGCACCUUCGCCCGCACGCACGAGGAGGCCCGGCCCGCCGUGGCCCAGCUGAGGGAGGGCGAGCGCCGGUGGGUCCCGCUCCGGGGGGAGGGGCGGCAGGGCGGCCCCCUGUUCAGCUUCCACCCCCAGGGCUGGCAGCAGAGCGCCCUGCUCACCCUGCAGAGCUGCGGAGCUGAGGGCGUCCGGCUCACCGUCUCCAGCAAGGGGCAGGUCCUGGCCUCUCGGCCCGUCGGCUCGGAGGUGGCGCAGGUCUGGCUCCAGGGAAAGCCCUCCUACCUGAUACACCUGGAGGGCGGGACCCCCGCCCCGUCCGGCUCGGCCCCGCCCGGGCCCGCCGUCAAGCUGCAGGUCUCCUCCGCCUACCACCGGCAGGCCCCGCCCUCCCUCCCGCCCACCCUGCAGAUCAAGUCCUUCAACCGGCUGAGGGGCUGCCGGUCGGUGACGCUGGCCUGGCUGGGCACGGAGGAGAGGAGCCUGUACUGCGUUUACCGCCGCCAGCUGGGCGAGGGGGAGGGCGCCGCCGCGGACAGGUGCCUGGGGCCCGAGUCGCGCAGCGACGCCGAGAAGGUCCUCUGCAAGUACUUCCAGGAGCUGAACCCGCGCCGAGCCGUCACCACGGCCACCAUCGCGGGCCUGGAGCCCGGGGCGGCCUACGUGUUCGAUGUGUAUCUAAUGAGACGCUGGGGGAUCCCAAUCAAAUACCACAGCAAGACAGUGCGCACAAGGAAGGACUGCUGAGCGCCUCCCACCGCAGUCUCACCACACAACAGACUCAACAAGCAAAGCAAAGUCACGGAAGGGAGGAGACUGUUCUCGUAACUGUUUUCGUCUUUAUUUUUCUGACCCAGUUUCGGGCCUUUUCCCCCUCGCUGGUACUGACGGCAGAAGGAGCGGGGAGCCAGAGCGGCCGCCACGCCGCCACAGUGGACCGUCUGCUUUUUUUUUGUCGUUGUUAUUGGUGUGCGUUACUGUCGCAGUUCUUCAUGUUCACGCGCCACCUCUCUGAACUCACUGUUACUUAUUUCGUGCCUGAAUCCAACCAACAAAGAGAAAGUUAGAGCUGCUCAGAUCAAACACAGGAGUGCUAAAGUACAGUCUCAACCCGCGAUAAAACAGAAGGGAGCUGAUACGGGGGAGACCGUGUCACUGCAGACACGAGGCGUGAUUUUAUUACCACACGUGUCACGGAUGAACCAAGGUCGCCAUACAAAGCGAGACUGAUGCAGAGUUAUGACCCCUGUGGCAAGUCAGUACGUGUUCUCUGUUCUGCUUUAGCAUGUGGUAGAGCAGGAGGGACAAUCAUCAGCUUUGCUGCCAUUGAGAUCACUGUGUUACAUUUUAGUACGCCAAUAAAACCCAUCAUUUACAUUCCAACAUAUCGAACAAACGCAAUCAAGCUUUUAUAUCAAGUAAAUUAUAACAUUUACUGACAAAUAAGCUAAAGUCCUCUUCAUGGAUGAUAUUUCCUUUGUUUAAAUCUCAAUAUAAUGUUAAGAAACUUUGUAAAUAUAGGCUAUUAUAAAGAAAAUGUUACAUAAUGAAAAGCAGAUAGUAUGCUAUAUGAAAGACUAGUACAUUUGUACGUUAGAAAAUUGUAAUACAUCUCACCUUUUAAAUGUCAAAUAUAAAUAGGCAAAUAUAAAACACGAGUUCAAUGCAUGAUACUGUUACUGCUAUUAUGUCAACUUGUUCAGUAGUUGUCCCAACAUCUGUACUAGGAUGUUUCCAUGUGCUAUUUUCUUACUUAAAGUAAAGUACCUAAUGUUGUAAUGUCCCUUUACAUUUAUUAGUCAUUAUAAUUAUUUUUGUAGUUCUAGUUUUUUAUUAUGGCUUAAUUCAGGUUUUAUUAUUAUUUACCUGUAUCUGUGCCAUUUAAUUGCACAGAUUGUGUCUGUGUGUCUGUAAAGCCCCUUGGUCCUUCCUAUUAAAUAUAAAUAUAACAAA